AGGGCGGGACAUGACUCGAGCCCUGAUAAAAGAUGACAACAAAGACACAGUAAAGAGGGCGACACAGAAGAGACGAGCAUCGACCUGGACAUGGACCACAUUGUCCUGGUGGUGGUCUGAGCCGUCUGUCUGGACAACAGGGCUCCUGGCUGAAAACAAAAACAACCAAACAGACCCUGUUGGUGUCAGACUGGUGGAGGAGCCAGUCACUGUGAUGGUUCGGUCCAGGUGGAACACCGUGGGACAGUGGAGAGACAUUGUAGACUCUACUCUUUAUUCACUGUAUCCCUGGAACCUGAAGGCAGCGGCUGUGAUCUGUGGUCGACUGGACUGUGGCUCAGCUCUUUCUGUAAAGAGUCGACGUCAUGUCUCAGCCAGUCCUCUGUGGUGGAUCAACCCCCUCUGUAUUCAGUCCACAUCCACGCUGAAGAACUGUCUGACACUGGGGGACAUGUUCAGCUCCUCCACCCUGGUCCUCACCUGUGCAGACUCUGUCAGACUGGUCCGUGGGUUCAGUCUGUGUUCAGGCAGACUGGAGGUCCGGUCUAACCAGUCCUGGUCCUCAGUGUGUGAAGAGGAUUUGGACCUUAAUGAUGCCCAAGUGGUCUGUAGGGAGCUGGGCUGUGGGGCUCCUUCAGUCCUCCAGGGGGCGCUCUAUGGAGAGGGAGAGGCUCCAAUCUGGACCAGUAAGUUCCAGUGUGGAGGCAAUGAGUCUGCUCUACUGGACUGUAGAAGGUCCAGCUCAGCAAAGACCUGCUCACCUGGAAAAGCUGCUGAACUCACGUGUGCAGAUCCAGUCCGGUUGGUGGGAAGACCCAGUCGCUGUGCUGGUACUGUAGAGAUGGAAAACCAGAGACACUGGAGACCAGCAGGAACCUCAGACCACUGGAGUCUUCAGACUGGAUCUGCUAUGUGUCAGCAGCUGUGCUGUGGUUCAGCUGUUUCAGUGAAGAGAAGAACUGAUUUUCCAGACAGACUAGUGUGGUUCAUCUCAUCUACCUGUGUGAAGUCAGCAUCUGGACUCAGAGGCUGUUUAGCACUGAGUCAUAAAUACAAUCAUACAUCUGCUCUGGAGGUGGUUUGUUCAGAUCUGCUGCUUCAGCCAAUCAUCUUCCUGUCUGACGGGGUGUCUGAGGCCUACCAACAGGGGUUUCGGCUGCUCAUGGGCUCCAACUUCACCAUCACAUGCUCUGUUGAACCACAGUUCCCAGGAGGCUCCUUCUAGCUGACCUCUGACACCUCGAAGCCACAGAAUCGCACCCUGCCAGCUGUCAGUCACUCAGCCCACUUCCUGUUCUCUGCUGCAGGCCACGCCCACUGAGGGGACUACACCUGUGUCUAUCAUGUGGGUGUUUUCAACCACAGCUUCUCCUCACCUCGG